AGGACUGUCGGUAUAGCUCAGUAUCCGUUUAGCAGAAUCAGUGUGUUAAUUCUUUAAUUAAAUAUAAUAAUUAAACAUGUCUGAGGACAGAGCAGAGCGAUCAGAUGGAAAAAUAGUGAAGAUGGAGGUCGACUACAGUUCAGCUGUAGAUCAGCGGCUCCCGGAGUGUGAGAAACUGGCUAAAGAAGGGAAACUGCAGGAAGCUGUGGAGAAUCUUCUUUCUCUGGAAAAGCAAACAAGAACGGCUUCGGACAUGGUGUCCACAUCCAAAAUCUUGGUUGCCAUUGUGCAGAUGUGCUACGAGGCUAAAGACUGGGAUUCUCUCAAUGAAAACAUCAUGCUGCUAUCCAAGAGGAGAAGUCAGCUCAAACAGGCUGUAGCCAAGAUGGUCCAGGAGUGUUAUAAGUAUGUGGACACUGUCACUGACCUUACCAUUAAACUGAGGCUUAUUGACACUCUCCGAACUGUUACUGCUGGAAAGAUCUACGUUGAGAUUGAGCGUGCCAGACUCACUAAGACACUGGCCAAUAUUAAAGAACAGAAUGGAGACAUCAAAGAGGCUGCAUCCAUUCUGCAAGAACUGCAGGUGGAAACAUACGGUUCCAUGGAGAAAAAGGAGAAAGUGGAGUUCAUCCUUGAGCAGAUGAGGCUGUGCAUUGCUGUGAAGGAUUACAUCCGCACUCAGAUCAUCAGCAAGAAGAUCAACACCAAGUUUUUCCAGGAGGAGGGCAGUGAGGAAUUGAAGCUGAUGUACUACAAUCUGAUGAUACAAGUGGAUCAGCAUGAAGGCUCGUACCUUUCUAUAUGUAAACACUACCGAGCUAUUUAUGACACGCCUUGCAUCCAGGAGGACAACUCCAAAUGGCAGCAGGCCUUGAAGAGUGUGGUCCUGUAUGUGGUUUUGUCUCCCUAUGAUAAUGAACAGUCUGAUCUGGUGCAUCGGAUCAGCACUGACAAGAAAUUGGAAGAUAUUCCUAAAUACAAGGACUUCCUGAAGCAGUUCACUACCAUGGAGCUGAUGCGCUGGUCUUCUCUGGUGGAGGAUUACAGUAAGGAGCUGAGGGAGGGUUCUCCUGACAGCCCUGCCACUGACGUCUUUACCUACACCGAGGACGGAGAGAAACGGUGGAAGGACCUCAAAAACAGAGUGGUAGAACAUAAUAUAAGAAUCAUGGCCAAGUAUUAUACAAGAAUCACGAUGAAGAGGAUGGCUGGACUUCUUGACCUUUCCAUUGAUGAAUCCGAGGAGUUUCUGUCCAGUUUGGUGGUGAACAAGACCAUCUACGCUAAAGUCGACCGUCUGGCCGGCAUCAUCAAUUUCCAGAGGCCCAAAGACCCCAACGACCUGCUCAAUGACUGGUCUCACAAACUCAACUCCCUUAUGUCACUCGUCAAUAAAACCACACAUCUGAUCGCCAAGGAGGAAAUGAUCCACAACCUGCAGUAGGCAUGAAAGCACAUGCCCGAUCCACUCUACAGCUUGGGGGUGGAUUAUACAGCUGGCACAAUUGGACUAAAUAGUUUUGGUUGGUUUUUUUUGCAGUAAUGUGCUUUCUCAGCAACCCUUGUCAGUAAAAAAAAUGCACGUCUGGAUCAGGGCUAUUGUUCACACAUGGUAUGACUGUUCGUUGGUUAAAAUUGGCAUUGUUGUUUCGUUAGAGGUGCUUUCAGUCAAGAUCUGGACUGGUUUCAUCUCUGAUCUAGAAUUUGUCAGUUUCAUGUGUAGCAGAUUAAUCUGAUCUCAGAAUUGUAUUACUAUUCCAAGUGCAAAUAAAACCUGGUGUAAACCUCUCCACCCUUAAAGCACUGUAAAGUUGGUGGUUCAUUUUCACUUUUGAUCUGGUACAGAAUUAUUAUCUUUUUGGAAAAAAGAUGGAAAACAUCUGUACUGCUGUAUAAAAUUUUUCUCUGUACUUAACAUUUUUUGAGUUUUGCAAAGUACCCAUUAAAUACUUUCUUCAAAGA